AUGGCAUAUUUCUUUUUAGUGGCCGAGCAUGCUAGACCGUUCAACCGCCAGUUCAAGCUCAACGAUCACACGAUUCAACACCCCUUCGCUCAACAAGAACGUGUCACGGGCCACAUGUGUCUUAUUUUAGCAGCUGUUGUUCCCACUGUAGUCAUGACAAUCACCAGCUUCUCCAAACAUAGGAAGAAUAGGGACCAGGCGUUGCACUUGUUGCAGGUGUCCUUGCUUGGAACAGCCUUGGCCGUCAGUGUGGAUGGCGUAAUCACAGAUACCUUGAAAAACUGGGUUGGAAGGCCAAGACCAGAUUUCUUGGAAAGAUGCGGUGCUCCAGCUAACACGCCCACUGACGUUUUUGUGGACAUCUCGGUGUGCACCGCUCCUUUGGGGGAGUUUCGCCUUAUUGAUGGGAUGAGACUGACUCCCUCCGGCCACUCGCUGAUAUCGUUUUCUGCUUAUUUGUUUUUGGCCAUGUGGUUGUUCGGCCAAUUGCAGCUCUCUGUGAAUGUCGCUGCGAAGCCAGUGUACUUGUACCUCGUCAGUGCGCUGCCGCUUCUUUUGGCCGCCUACGUCGCCCUUUCUAGAGUUCAGGACUAUAGACAUCACUUUCUGGAUAUUGUACUGGGCAUGUUCAUUGGAUGUUCGGUGGCAAUUGCAAUCUAUAGAAAGUACUUUCAUUCGGUCUUUGAUGAAAAUCCGCAUGAAAUCAAUGGCGAGGAAGAAGGAAGUGGGUUGCCCAUCUAA